AUGUCGAUGCUCAAAGUGCAACAGUUUGUGAACGGGCUCAAGUCCCGGAACAAGGAUGUACAGAAUCGUGCCAUCCAGGAGCUGUCGUUAUACGUGAAGACGGAGCUUCGCGAAACACCCGACGAUAUGUUCUUUGAGGAUUUGAAUCACAACAUUUUCGAAAUGCUUAGCAGCACCGAUAGCAACGAGAAACGGGGCGGAAUUUUAGCCAUUGAUUGUCUCAUCACCGGGGACGUAGUGAAUACGACCAACAAAAUAUCGCGCUAUUCGAACAAUCUGCGCAAUUUGCUCCCGGUGAGCGAUGUGUGCGUCAUGGAGCUGGCAGCGAAGGUGCUGGUAAAGCUGGCCCUCUUGCCCGGUUCGAACGGGGCCAGUUCGUUCGAGUUUGACAUAAGGCGGGCGUUCGAGUGGCUCACGGAGGACAGGGUCGAGAACAAGCGACAGGCAGCCGUACUGGUGCUCCGUGAGCUCGCCGUUGCCAUGCCCACGUUUUUCUACCAGCAAGUGGGCAGCUUCUUUGAUCACAUUUUCGUGGCCAUCAAGGAUCCGAAGGUCCGAAUACGGGAGGGGGCUGGCCAGGCCUUGCGCGUCGUACUGAUACUGACCUCGCACCGUGAAGGCACCAAGCAAAGCAACAAUACUCAGUGGCACAUGAACUGUUACGAUCAGGCGUUCGAGUGCCUCUCGGAUGCUCCGGUGCGCGAGAAACACAUCAAUCGAGAUGAUCGAAUCCACGGCUCGUUGAUUGUGUUCAAUGAAAUCCUGCGCUGCUCGCACGCAGCCUGGGAGAAGCGCUUCAUGCAGCUGGACAGUUUAAACGUCGGCCGGAAACCCAUCCGGCAGACUGCGGUGGACAGCGAAGGCCACAGCUUUUUCCCCCGCAUUCGGGUGCCGUUUCUGGAAAAGUUUGGCAGCAGUGGCCACGCUCAGUCGGUUAGCUACAGUUCGCGCUACUACGACGUGGUGACGGACAUGAAGUGUUUACGGCAGAGCAACGGAAUCCAAGAGUCGGCACUGUACCGCGCGUUGGUGAAGGAACGGUACGACACCAUCUGCCAAACGGUGCUCGAUCAGCGGAGCUUCAAAUCACCGUACGUUGUUCAGACGCUACUGGCUAUCUUCCCACGGCUUGCGGCGUUCAAUCGGGAGGAAUUUGUGCGGUUGCAUUUGCGUACGGUCGUGAACUACCUGCUGACUCUGUUGCGCAGCAAAGAGAAGGAGCGCCACAUGGCAUUCAUCUCGCUCGGUUACAUUGCCGUAGCGGUAGAGAAGGAGAUUGAACCGUACAUGAAGAGCAUUAUGGAGCUGAUCGGCAGCGCACUGCCACCGAAGGACACACCGAGCAAACGGAAGACUCCCGUCGAUCCGUCGGUGUUCGUGUGUAUCAUGCUGCUGGGUCAUGCGCUCAAGUCGGGCAUCACCCACGAAGUGAAGGAAAUCAUUAGCCCCAUGCUGACCACGGGCCUCAGCACCGCGCUCAUCAUCUGCCUGCGUGAGCUGUGCGAGUGUGUGCCGCAGGUGCAGCCAGAAAUUACGGCCGGUUUGCUCAAGAUCCUCUCGUACGUGCUCAUGAACCGGCCCCUGCCGCAAUUUAUCGUACCAAAGUCCCAGUCUCAAGUCCACGAUACGGGCACCAUCGUCCUGGCUCUGCAGACUCUGGGGACGUUUUCCUUUGAGGGCUGUAGCCUACUGCCAUUCGUGCAGCGCUGUGCAGAUCAUUUUCUCAACAGCGAACAGCAGGAGGUGCGCAUCGAAGCAGUCCACACGUGCACGUUGCUUCUGAAGUUGGCCCUGGAAGCGGCCGACAGCAACGAUGUGUCCGAGACGCUCACGCAAACGCUCAGCUCCGUGCUGGAGAAGAUCCUAAUGGUCGGCAUUACGGAUGUGGAUCCGACCGUGCGGCUGCGGGUACUAAAGUCGCUCGACGAAAGCUUCGAUACGCAGCUUGCGCAACCGUGGAUUCUGAACUCGUUGCUCAUUACGAUGCACGACGAGGUGUUCGAGAUCCGAGAGCUGGCCAUCAUCAUCAUUGGACGGCUGUCGGCCAUCAAUCCGGCGUACGUUAUGCCGAGUCUGCGCAAGACCAUGGUGCAGUUGCUGACGGAACUGGAACACUCGGGUGUCAGUCGGAACAAGGAGCAAAGUGCGCGCAUGCUGGAUCACCUGAUCGUCAGCACGCCCCGGUUGGUGGCUUCGUACAUGCGCCCGAUACUGACGAUACUGGUGCCGAAACUUACCGAGGCCGAGCCGAACCCAAGCGUGGUGUUGAAUGUGCUGCGAGCGAUCGGUGAUCUGGCGGAGGUGAUCGGUGGCCAUCACGUGUUGCGGAAGUGGUCCGAUGAGUUGCUGGAGAUUCUGCUCGACAUGCUGAGCGAUGCCGGCUCAACCGAGAAGCGGGCGGUGGCCCUAUGGACGCUCGGGCAGCUGGUCAGUGCGACGGGGCAAGUGGUCGAGCCAUACAACAAGUACCCGAACCUGAUCGACAUACUGAUAAACUUCCUGAAAACUGAGCAGCAACUGUACGUCCGAAGGGAGACGAUCCGUGUGCUCGGGUUGCUCGGUGCGCUCGAUCCGUACAAACACAAGAUGAACCGCGGACUGAUCGAUAGCCAGACGAGUGCCAACAUUCUCAUCUCGGUUCCCGAUUCGAAGACGGACGACAGCACGGACAUGUCCACGUCGGAGAUGCUGAUCAACAUGGGCACGCAGCUAGACGAGUACUAUCCGGCGGUCGUAAUUUCGACGCUGAUGAAAAUUCUGCGCGACCCAACGCUCUCGAGCCACCACCUGAGCGUGGUGCAGGCGAUUACGUUCACAUUCACCAGCCUUGGCAUCAAGGGCGUUCCGUAUCUGGCCCAGGUGCUGCCCUGUCUGCUGAACAAUAUCGAAACGGCCGAAAUGAGCCUGAAAGAGUACCUGUUCCAGCAGCUAUCGACCCUGAUCUCGAUCGUGAAGCAGCACAUCAUCGGGUUCAUGAACGAGAUCUUCGUGCUGAUCAAGAAAUUCUGGACAACGGGCCCCGGAGGGGUGCCACCCGGAACGUCCUCGGUGACGGCCGCCUCACUACAACCGACGAUCAUCAACCUGGUGGAGAAGAUCGCGAUGGCGCUGGGCUGUGAGUUUAAGGUGUACCUCCCGCAGCUGAUGCCGCAGAUUUUGCGCGUCCUACUGCACGACACGUCCAAAGAUCGCGCCGUCACGGUGAAGCUGCUGGGGGCAAUGCGCAAUUUUGGCAACAACUUGGAUGACUAUCUACACCUGAUCAUUCCGGCGAUCGUGAAACUGUUCGAACCGAUCGACAUUCCGCUGAACGUGUCGAUCACGGCCCUGCAAACGAUCAACUAUCUGGCGGAGGUGCUUGACUUUACGGACUUUUCGUCCCGAAUCGUGCACCCGUUGGUGCGUGUGCUGGACAACUUCCCGGAGCUACGAUCCGUCGCCCUGACGACGCUAUGCUCGAUCAUGAUUCAGCUCGGCCGCAAGUACCUUGUGUUUGUACCGCUCGUGAACCGGGUCAUGAUCAAGCACAAGAUCCCGUCGCUCGAGUACGCGAAGCUGCUCACGAAACUGCAAAACAACAGCACGCUCGCCCUCGACGACGAGUUUCGCAUACGGCAGGCACGCAACCGCAACCGAGAGAUUUCGCUGCCCAGCGACAACACGAUCGCCAAGUUUCCGGUCUCGAUAACCGAUCUGGAGAUGAUGUUCAAGGCGAACCGGCGCGUCUCGAAGGACGACUGGUUGGAGUGGUUGCGCCGGCUCAGCAUAAUCCUGCUGAAGGAGUCGAAAAAUCCGGCCCUACGAUCGUGCGCCACGCUCGCCCAAAACUAUCCCCAGCUGCUGAAGGACCUGUUUAAUGCGGCGUUCGUGUCGUGCUGGUCGGACCUGUCGGACGAGAUGAAGCACGAGCUGGCGCACAGCUUGACGCAGGCCCUGACGGUGCAGGAUCUACCGGAGAUCACACAGACGGUGCUGAAUCUGGCCGAGUUUAUGGAGCACUGCGAAAGCUACCCGCUGAAGAUCGACUCGAAGAUACUGGGCGAGCGGGCGAUGGAGUGCCGGGCGUAUGCGAAGGCGCUCCACUACAAGGAGGACGAGUUCCACCAGACGAAGGAGCACCAGCAGUCCCUGUUCGAGUCACUGAUCCUGAUCAACAAUAAGCUGCAGCAGAAAGAGGCCGCCGAGGGUUUGCUGGAGUACGCCGAUCGGUUGCGGGCGGGCGCCGACGAGAUGAAGGUCCAGGUGCGGUGGUACGAGAAGCUGCACAGCUGGGAACAGGCACGCCACCUGUACGCCGAGAAGCUGCGCACCAAUCCGAAUGAUCUCGAGUCGCGGCUCGGUGAAAUGCGCUGCCUCGAGGCGCUGGGCGAAUGGUCCGAGUUGAACGCGGUCACCUCGCAACAGUGGGAUGCGCUGGGGGGCGAAGGGCAAAGCAAGGCGGGCCGGCUGGCUGCAGCGGCCGCUUGGGGGCUGCAAGAUUGGGAAGGGAUGCACCGGUUCGUGCGCUGCAUACCUGAGGAUACGCAGGACGGAGCGUUCUAUCGGGCGGUGCUGGCGGUCCGCAACGAGCAGUACGAACUGGCCCAGAGCUUGAUCGAUUCGACGCGCGACCUGCUGGACACGGAGCUAACGGCGAUGGCUGGCGAGUCGUACGAACGGGCCUACGGGGCCAUGGUGUGCGUGCAGAUGCUGGCCGAGCUGGAGGAGGUGAUCCAGUACAAUCUGAUCCCCGAGCGGCGGGAAACGAUCAAAUCCAUGUGGUGGGACCGGCUGCUAGGUGGCCAGCGGUUGGUCGAAGACUGGCAGCGCAUCAUCCAAGUGCACUCGCUGGUGUUGUCGCCAAAGGAGGACAUCCGGACGUGGCUAAAGUUUGCGUCGCUGUGCCGCAAAAAUGGGUCUCUGAAGCUGUCGGAGAAGACGCUCGUCAUGCUGCUCGAGUACGAUCCGAUGCAGAAUCUUGCCGACCCGCUUCCGAUCGACAAACCACACGUGACGUUCGCGUACACGAAGCACCUGCACAUGGCCGGCUACGUGAAGGAGGCGUACGACCACCUGCACGGCUUCGUGAGCUCGUUCAACCCGCAAACGUUCUGCGUCGCCGGCGGGACCAGUGGCAGCACCGUCGCCGUCGGGGGCCAAGAAGAGGUGAAGGACGAGAACAGGCGUUUGCUGGCCCGCUGCUUCCUGAAGCUCGGCAUGUGGCAGCAGAGCGCAGCCGGCGGCAGUGACCUGAAGGAUAGCUCGAUCAACGCAAUACUGACGUGUUACGGGCGCGCCACGAAACACGAUCCGACCUGGUACAAGGCGUGGCACAAUUGGGCGUACAUGAACUUUGAGGUGGUGCAGGCCAAGAAGCAGCAGGCGGAGUUCACGAAAGCGCCGGGCAGCGCGGCCGAGCGCGCCAUGCUCAAACACUACGCCGUGCCGGCAGUCCGGGGCUUCUUUCAGUCGAUCAACCUAUCGCAGGGGAACUCGCUGCAGGACACGCUGCGCCUGCUGACCCUCUGGUUCGACCACGCGCAGUACGAGGAGGUCCACGAGGCGCUGGUCGAGGGAAUGCGCAUGAUCGACAAGAACACGUGGCUGCAGGUGAUCCCGCAGCUGAUCGCCCGCAUCGACACGCCCCGCAAUUUGGUUGGCCAGCUGAUACACUACCUGCUGACGGAGAUCGGCAAAACGCACCCCCAGGCUCUGGUGUAUCCGCUAACGGUGGCCUCCAAAUCGGCGCCCGGCACCCGGAAGCAGGCGGCCCACAAGAUCCUGAACAAUAUGUGCGAACACUCGCCAACGCUGGUGAACCAGGUGCUGCUGAUUAGCGAGGAGCUUAUCCGGGUGGCCAUCCUGUGGCACGAGCAGUGGCACGAAGGCCUGGAGGAAGCGUCACGGCUCUUCUUUGGCGAGCACAACGUUCCGGGCAUGUUUGCUACGCUCGAGCCCCUGCACGCCAUGCUCCAGCGGGGCCCGCAGACGCUCAAGGAAUCGUCCUUCAACCAGGCGUACGGACGUGACCUGAACGAGGCUCAGGAAUGGUGCAAACACUAUAAGAACUCACGAAACAUGCGCGACCUCAAUCAGGCCUGGGAUCUGUAUUAUCACGUGUUCCGGCGCAUCUCUCGCCAGCUGGUGCAGCUGACGUCGCUCGAGCUGCAGUACGUCAGUCCGAAGUUACUGGCGUGCCACGACCUCGAGUUGGCCGUCCCCGGUAGCUACACGCCCGGCCAGAAGCUGAUCUGCAUCUCCAGCAUCCAGACGAACCUGUCGAUCAUCAGUUCGAAGCAACGACCGCGCAAACUGUGCAUCCGCGGUUCGAACGGCAAAGACUACAUGUUUCUGCUGAAGGGUCACGAAGAUUUGCGGCAGGACGAGCGCGUGAUGCAGCUGUUUGGGCUGGUCAACACGCUGCUACUGAACGAUCGCGACACAUUCCGGCGCAACCUAACCAUCCAGCGGUACGCCGUCAUCCCGCUCAGCACCAACUCGGGCCUGAUCGGGUGGGUUCCGCACUGUGACACGUUGCAUAAACUGAUUCGCGACUAUCGGGACUCGAAGAAAACGAUGCUCAACAUCGAGCACCGCAUCAUGUUACGUAUGGCCCCGGACUACGACCAUCUGACGGUGAUGCAGAAGGUCGAGGUGUUUGAGCACGCGCUCGAGCAAACGAAGGGCGACGACCUGGCGAAGCUCCUGUGGCUAAAGAGUCCCUCGUCGGAAGUGUGGUUCGAUCGGCGCACAAACUACAUCCGCUCGCUGGCCGUCAUGUCGAUGGUGGGGUACAUUCUGGGGCUCGGCGACCGUCACCCGUCCAAUUUGAUGCUGGACCGGUUGAGUGGCAAAAUACUGCACAUCGACUUCGGUGACUGCUUUGAGGUUGCCAUGACGCGCGAAAAGUUCCCGGAAAAAAUUCCCUUCCGUUUGACGCGGAUGCUGAUCAACGCGAUGGAGGUGACCGGUAUCGAGGGUACGUACCGGAGGACGUGCGAAAGUGUGAUGAACGUGCUGCGCCGGAACAAGGACAGUCUGAUGGCCGUGCUGGAGGCGUUUGUAUAUGAUCCGUUGCUGAAUUGGCGCCUGCUGGAGGCGGAUCGCUUGCGGCGCUCGAAGAAUACCACCGACAUCGAGGGUAUGUCCGGCAGUAUCGACGAGGACACGAUGUCGAGCUACAACGCGAGGCGCGAUGCGCGCAUGAACGAGCUAAACUCGGGACUGAUUGCCAAGGCUACCAACAAUGGUGGCGUGCCCGCGAAUGCGGCUCCAGGUGGCAUUAGUGGGAGCGGGGGCAAUCUUACCAUACCGACCAUUCCACCCGGCACGGGGAAUGCUUCUGCCGGUGGCGUUGCUGCCAAUGGUGGUGGUGAUGUGCCGGAUGGUAACUUUUCGGCGCUCCAGCAGAACCCGGUCGAUGUGACGAACAAGAAGGCGCGAGCCAUCGUGGACCGCGUGAAGGACAAGCUGACGGGUAAAGACUUUGGGAAGCCCGAUUCGGUCGCCGUCAACCGGCAGAUCGAUCUGCUUAUUCAGCAAGCGACCAGCAACGAAAACCUGUGCCAGUGCUACAUCGGAUGGUGUCCGUUUUGGUGAACUGUCCUGGGGCAUGGUUUUGCGUUUUGGAUUAUUGUUCCUUUUUUGUCUACAGUGCUACAAAAUAGUUUUCUGUUGCUUUAAGCGUGCGCGGUUGUCGUUCAUUGUUCAUUGAUAGUGUGUGAUCGGAACUUG